AUGUCAGCCAGCUUUGGAAUCCAGCCAAUAGGUCGCUUCGCCGGCGGCAGCCAGCCUGUGAAGAGACCCAAGGAGUUUGCUUGCUUUUCAUAUGAUGAGAACCAUCAGUUUCACCUCGAUGAUUCAUCCAUACAGUAUUACUACCCGCCUACUCUGGGCGCGGACCUGUCCAAGGGUUUUGAGACUUUCCAGAAGCAGGAUGAUUCCAAAGAUGAGCACCUGGAUAGCCUGCUAAAGACUAUCAUCGACCAUGAGCAGAAAGAGGGUAAGAAGAUUGAUGCUAACGUGGUGACGUGGAGAGGAAUGAUUACAAAGAUCAUGGCCACGCCUUUUGAAACGAGGGAUGGCUUUGAAAUGAACGCCACGUUGUAUCAGGCACCCAGCUUCAUUGAGGAGAGCCACAGGCAUAAAAUGGAAUCUAGGGCCAAUGAGAAAGGGCCGGCUAAACGACGAGGUCCUCCUUUAGAAGUUAUGCAAUUCUGGGGCUACAAAUUCGAAACACUAGCAACUCUUCCGAAGACGUGGGCCGAAACCUCGCGCGAUUACAUCGAAGAGCGGGAGAAUCAUGUCGUCAACAACAAGGCUCAGUACUGCUCUGUCGUCCGCACCGGAAUCGGAAAGACGGUGAUGUGUCUCGGCGGUGAAGUCGAUGCCAUCUGGGACUCCAAACCUCUCAUCCAAGGAAGCCCGACAAACUGGGUCGAGCUGAAGACGUCCGCUGAGAUCCGAGGACCCCAGGACAGGGACUACUUCCACCGCAAGCUCAUGAAGUUCUGGAUCCAGUCCUUCCUGCUAGGCGUCCCUAAGAUCAUCGUCGGCUUCCGGACUCGCGAUGGCAUCCUCUCCAGCGUCGACGAGAUUGAGACGCAGAGCAUACCGCAAAUCGUCAACUCCCAGCCGAACCCGUCGUGGAACGCCGACAUGUGUGUCAACUUUGCCGGCAUAUUUUUAGAGUGGUUAACUCAAAAUAUCAAUGACGAGGGGGUGUGGAGGAUAUCUCGAAAACCACAGUCACCCAUCAUUGAGGUGUAUAGGGUGCAGGACACCGGCCAUGGUGACAUUCUCUCCGAAGAAUUCAAGAAUUGGAGGAUCAAGCUGGCUAUGAAACAGCAAGAUGAGCAGAUUGAAGGUUGA